AUGCGCACUCAAACAACGCCUCGCAGAACACCUCAUGGGAAGGAUCUGGACCGGACAAGCCUCAUGUCUCCGGCUUCUACCCCAAGGCAAACCUCCGACUUGGCCGAUGAUGAUGCAUUCGAUGGCGCGACAGCAACAUGGUCAACCAUGGACAUGAGUACCCUAGACCAAUACCCAUCGUCAUGGGAUGCCGCAUUGGACAUUGCCGACGCUGAAUUCAUGUUUGCGCACAACUCGGCAUUCGACGUCGCAGCAUCAUCUCUGUACACGCCAAACUUUGGUCUUUCCCCUCAGAGUCCGUCAAGCACCGUGUCGUGCGACCCUGGAGGCUCCUUGACGUCGACGAAUACCCUCCAAAUAGCAAUGCCAGAGAGUGUAGGCAGCAUCGAUGCCUUGUCUGCUCUCUCGGAGCUCUCCAAGAUGAAUCUCGACUUGCACAUUCGCGUUGCUGCUGCUGCGACGAACAAGGCCAGCCUAGAAUUCGACAAUAUAAUAUACCAGCAGGGCGCGUUGUACAUCAACAACUAUACACUCGCCGAAUUCAUGCUCAGCACGUCUCAAAACUUUCUGCAGCUCCUCACCAAACUUUGCAGCACCCGACAACCUGUUGGCCUGCUGUGCGCCUCAUCAACGACAGACACGCUUUCCUCCAAGCCACUAUCAAUGCAGUCGCACCCACCGCACAUGAGCCGGCAGGCCAAUAUAUUCGCUAGUUCGCCUCCAUCAUGUACUGCCGACACCACCGCAGGGCCGCUGCCCGCUCCCCUCGCGCUUGCCAUUACGAGUGUAUUGACCCAGCUCAUCUCGCUCUAUGAUCUGAUGCUCCAUCACUUUACCGCUCGCGCCCAGUGGAUCUCUGUUGAUCCCAUCGCCCCGCUUCCAGGUCUCUUGUUUGGUGGUGUGCCCCUGAACAAUCCGUGCACACAGGGCAUACUCAUUUCCAUCAACAUGCUCGAGAGAAUAGAGUGCCUUUUGGGUAUCAAGUCGGUGCCGAGCACCAGACAAGUAGGCUUGUUGUCGCCGAGACAAAAAGAGGUGCUCUGGAGUGAGUUGGACGGGAGAAGUGCUGUUUUGCACGGUUAUGCUGUUGUGCGGCCUGCCGAGUUGAGGAGGCUAUUCGGAAAAGUAGCAGUCACUUUUAGUCAGGCAUCAGCAGACUCGUUACAGACAUGA